AUGUGUCCGAGUGAUAGUGAUAGUGAAGAUGUAUCCAAUGAUGUGCCACCUGAAAUACUGAAGACAGCAAAAGAAAUCGCCUUUAAUUCUUUACCAAAGAUUUCUAAACAAAAAUAUACAAAAGAAUAUAACGAAUUUAAAAUAUGGCGAAGUACAAAGAACACCACAUCAUUCGCAGAACCCAUUUUAUUAGUGUAUUUUAAUAAAAUAGCAAAGAAGUUCGCUUCAUCGACAAUAUGGUCUAAAUUUUCUAUGCUAAAAGCAACGAUUAAAGCUUACAAUAAUAUUGAUAUCGGCACCUAUCCGCAAUUGAUUGCAUUUCUAAAAAAUAACAAUGCAGGAUAUAAACCAAAAAAAUGUAGUAUAUUUACAACAAUUGACGUAUCGAAAUUUCUUGAUGAAGCACCGGAUGCAGAAUAUCUUAUUAUGAAGGCAUUGCUAGUUAUUGGACUUUCUGGUGCUUGUAGAAGAGAGGAAUUGGCUAAUAUAUGCAUGGAAGACAUACAAGAUCAUAAGUCAUUCGUUUUCAUAACAUUGCCGAAAACCAAAAAUAAGACCGUGAGAACGUUUACGGCCAUUCAUUCCGAAGAUCGUCUGCCACUAUACUAGUUGACGCAGGAGAAGAUAUUUCCACGUUAAAAAGACACGGUGGAUGGAAAUCCAACACAGUAGCCGAAAGUUACAUAGAAGAAUCAUUGGCAAACAAAAAAGCAAUUAGCCAUCGUAUUGAAAGCGCAAUACCGUCUACGUCUAAAAAUUCAAAGCGUUUAAGGCUCGAUAAUAAUACAAUAGAUAAAUCCACAACAAAUGCAAUGAAGAAAUGCACAGUGUAUUUUGAUAAUACAUUCUAUGCAAACCCGUCAGAAAAUAGUAUAGUUAUCGAAAAUAGUCCCGCAGUAACUCCCCGGGCCCCCCCCGCCACUCCCGAAAUACCUACCAAGCAAUGCGCAAAUGAAAACAAUAUAAAUAUAUUGAAUGUCAAAAAUCAAAAUACUACUGUAACUGAAAGUA